UUUCGAAAUGUUUACAUUUCAGGAAAAGUGCAGAAGUGUUACCAGACUGGGCGGAGAACAAGGCUGCCACUUUGUACUGUGCCACUUAAAGUCGGCAGAGGGCGCCACGAAAUUUGAAUUAAUAGAAACCGAAACUCCCAAGAACCAAGAUGUCUAUGAAGAAAAAAAGAUCAAAGUCCCCAAGGCCCAGGCUGUAGUUCCCAGAUUUUGCCAACGCGUAAUCGAGGACGUAGUCAACAAUAUGCGUCAAGCCUUUCUGGAUGAUGGCGUCGGUGAGCAGGCACUGCAGCGCAUGUUGCACAUGUGGCGCUCCAAGAUGAUGAGCAGCAAGACCAUCGACUUGUCACCGGCAAAUCCGCCAUCCCAGGAUACUGAAAAGGACUCAGGCCAAGAGCCCUGCACGUCCAGCAGUGUGUCUUACGUUACCGUCAAACAGGAGUUUUAUGAUACCCUAGGCACGGCCAAUCAAUUGGACGGGACACUCGACGAAUCCGAUGAAGAAACUGAUGGCAACGAUAUUGAUUAUAAUAAUGGUGGUGGUGAUGAUGAUGAGGACGAGCCUGUGGAGGAGGUAGAGAACUCGGAGGAAGAGUUAGUAGACGUCAAGGAGGAACCACUCAAUAGCGGCGAUGAUCUAACCGAUGAUGAAGAAAUCGACGAGAAGUUCGAGACCGAGAACUUGGUGGCUUGUCAGUAUGAUGUGGUCAGCCGCUCUCGCAACAAGUGGAAGUUCAUUUUUCGCGAUGGCAUGAUGAAGAUUCACGGCAAGGAGUUUGUGUUCAAGCGAGCUGAAGGAGAUGCCGUGUGGUAAUUUCCAGCAGGAGCACAAGAAAAGGAAACGUCCUAAAAUAAACAGCUUAUAGCCAGGAAAUAUGAUUCUCCCUAAAACCACCUAAAGAGGGACUUCAUCUGGAUUUAUCCAGGAGUAAAUAACAAUAAAU